CUUUGCGUUCUUCCUCUGCAAAUCUUAGGCGAUUUUGUGGCACUUGGGUGAUUUCUAUCGGUUCCCAAGCUUAAUUCUUUCCAAGCAAUGCCAUCUCAUUGAUCUUUCUCCAGGUGUAUCAAUUUGAGGGACAUUUAUAUGUAAAAGAUGGCAUUUGGAAAAUAUAGUAGAGUGGAUGGCCGGAGGUCAUCCACUUCCUACUGUUCAACAGUUACUCUUGUCGUGUUUGUUGCUCUUUGCCUGGUUGGAGUUUGGAUGAUGACAUCCUCUUCCGUAGUUCCUGCUCAAAAUGUGGACUUGUCUAAUCAGGAGAGCAAAAGCGAAGACAUAAAAAUUGAAGACACAAAAAGUGAUGUAAAACAACAAGUGACUGAGAAUGCUCGACAAUUUGAAGAUAAUCCCGGUGAUUUACCUGAGGAUGCAACGAAAGGAGACAGUGACACCCACACUGCCCAAGAUGAAAGCACCUCGGAUGUUAAAGAGAACACGAGCCAAUCUGACCAGACGACAGGGAAUAAUGUCAAGGAAAACCAAGAAGAGAAAACUGACGAAAGUGAUAAGAAAAAAUAUGAAUCAGAAGAAGCAUCCAAAACUAAGUCUGAAAAUGGUGGGGAUGGAAAAAAUGAAAGUGGAGAAUCAAAGCAAGGUGAUGGAGAGUCAAAUCCUGAAGGAGGAGAAACAAAAACAGAAGGUGGUGAAUCGAAGACUGAUGGACAGGAAGAAUCAAAGGAGAGCUCAGAAGAGAAAAAAGUGGACUCCACUGAGAAUGAGAAUAAACCAGAAACAAACGAGAGCUCAGGUGAAACUAAGCAGGAGGAUACGGUGAACGAUAAGAUAGAGGAGAAAACUGAGACAAAUCAAGGUAAGGGAUCUGAGCAAAGCUCUAAUGAGAACGAGAAAUCUGAAACCAAUCAAGACAAAGUAUCAGAUCAAAGCUCUGAUGAGAACAAGUCAGAUGACCAGGCAAAGAACCAGGCCUCGAAUGAAGUAUUUCCUGAUGGGGCGCAGUCAGAGAUCCUAAAGGAGACUACCACUCAAAAUGGUGCGUUCUCAACUCAAGCUGUUGAGUCAAAGAAUGAGAAGGAAGCUCAGCAAUCUUCUUCACCUAAGGACCAAAAAGAACAAGGUGGAUACAGCUGGAAAGUCUGUAAUGUCACUGCUGGCCCAGAUUACAUUCCUUGCUUAGACAAUUGGGAAGCUAUUAAGCAUCUUCGGACUACUAAGCACUAUGAACAUCGAGAAAGGCACUGCCCUGAGGAAGCCCCCACUUGCGUUGUUCCUCUACCUCAGGGAUACAAGCGUUCAAUUCAGUGGCCUACAAGCAGGGAAAAGAUAUGGUACUACAAUGUUCCCCAUGUCAAGCUUGCAGAGGUGAAGGGGCAUCAGAAUUGGGUGAAACUUACAGGAGAGUAUCUUACUUUUCCAGGUGGUGGAACUCAAUUUAAGCAUGGCGCUCUUCAUUACAUAGAUUUCAUUCAGGACUCUGUACCUGACAUAGCAUGGGGAAAACGCUCCCGUGUUAUAUUGGAUGUUGGAUGUGGGGUGGCCAGCUUUGGGGGAUUUCUCUUCGACAGAGAUGUUCUUACCAUGUCUCUUGCUCCCAAGGAUGAACAUGAAGCGCAAGUGCAAUUUGCGCUUGAACGGGGAAUCCCUGCAAUUUCAGCUGUGAUGGGAACCCUGAGACUACCCUUCCCUGGUAGGGUGUUUGAUGUUGUCCAUUGUGCACGCUGUAGGGUACCUUGGCAUAUUGAAGGGGGUAAGCUUCUUUUGGAGCUAAAUCGUGUUUUGCGACCUGGUGGUUACUUCGUGUGGUCUGCUACUCCAGUGUACCAAAAACUCCCUGAAGAUGUGGAAAUUUGGGAAGCCAUGAAGACGUUAACAAAGUCAAUGUGCUGGCAGCUGAUUACAAUUAAAAAGGAUAAAAUUAACCAAGUUGGUGCAGCAAUAUAUCAGAAACCUAGUUCAAAUGAGUGCUAUGAGAAAAGAGCACAAAAUGAUCCUCCACUUUGUCAAACCUCUGAUGACCCAAAUGCAGCUUGGAAUGUGCCAUUGCAGGCAUGCAUGCACCAAGUCCCUGUAGAUCCAUUAGAGCGUGGGUCUCAAUGGCCAGAGCAAUGGCCUCCAAGGCUGGAGAAACCACCAUACUGGUUGAAGAGUUCUCAGGUUGGAGUUUAUGGUAAAGCAGCUCCAGAAGAUUUCACCACAGACUAUGAUCAUUGGAAACAUGUUGUAAACAAAUCAUAUCUGAAUGGGAUGGGAAUCAGCUGGUCAUCAGUGAGGAAUGUCAUGGAUAUGAGAGCCGUUUAUGGAGGUUUUGCUGCGGCUCUUCGAGAUAUGAAAGUGUGGGUCAUGAAUGUGGUUCCUGUUGAUUCUCCUGAUACACUUCCCAUCAUAUAUGAGAGGGGUCUAUUUGGGAUGUAUCAUGACUGGUGUGAAUCGUUCAGCACCUAUCCAAGAUCUUAUGACCUUCUCCAUGCAGAUCAUCUCUUUUCUAAGCUCAAAAAGAGGUGUAACUUAGUAGCUGUGAUAGCUGAGGUUGAUCGGAUACUCAGGCCUGAAGGGAAACUGAUUGUUCGUGACAAUAUUGAGAUCAUCGGUGAGGUCGAGAACAUGGUUAAGUCCAUGCACUGGGAGAUCCGUUUGACUUACUCUAAGGACAAGGAAGGCUUGCUUUGUGUCCAGAAAUCUUUCUGGCGGCCAACAGAGGUGGAGACAAUCAUGUCGGCUAUUGCUUAAACAUUGCACGGCUAACUUUCCCUCAAAACAUUCCAAGGGACCAGGUUGCCGGGAUUAGAUAUUCUUUGUUAGUGUUGUUUGUUCGUAACUUCAGUUUUUUGAUAAUUGUAAUUCCCCUCAAAUCCCUUCACGCAUUGUAUCAUUUAUGAUGUUGUUUGUUCCACUGAACCCCUCAAUUUUCUUCAUCUUUUUGUAUCCUGGGUUUUGUUUCUCCUUUAAGGGAGGAGGGGUCCUCGAGUUUUGACUGUAAAAUCAUAGUCAUAUUAUUAGAGAUACCUAUGGAAAUCAAUUCAAGCUUGCAAGUGUAAA